AUGUCCUCUCGCUACCACCAAGCUGCCAGUGACAGCUACCUGGAACUUCUGAAGGAGGCGACCAGGAGGGAUCUGAACCUCUCUGAUGAGGAUGGCAUGACGCCCACACUCCUGGCCGCCUACCACGGGAACCUGGAAGCCCUGGAGAUCAUCUGCAGCCGAGGAGGGGACCCUGAUAGAUGCGACAUCUGGGGAAACACUCCUCUACAUUACGCAGCCUCCAAUGGUCACGCCCACUGCGUCUCAUUCCUGAUCAACUUUGGUGCCAACAUCUUUGCCUUGGACAAUGAUUUACAGUCUCCACUGGAUGCUGCUGCCAGCAGAGAGCAGAAUGAAUGUGUUGCUCUCCUGGAUAAGGCAGCCACUGCCCAGAACAUCAUGAACCCCAAGAAGGUCACCAGGCUGAAGGAGCAGGCUCAGAAGAAUGCCAGGAGGCAGAUCAAAGACUGUGAGCGGCUCCAGGAGAAGCACCAGAACAAGAUGGCCCGCACCUACAGAAAGGAGGAAGCCGGGACUCUCUCUUCUUCCAAGAGCACUCUUUCUAGGUCAUCCCUUUCAAAUGCGUCUGCUUCCAGCACAUUUGGGUCACUGUCUAAGGGCAUUAAAGGCACCUUCAAGAUACAGUUCAAGAAGAAUAAAGAUACAGCAGAGCAGGGAGGGAAGGGGGGCCGAAACGGGCAGAGGAAUGUGAUGGAAGUGUUCAGCGAGGAGGAAGAAGACACAUUCUCAGGGGAGUCCAGAGAGAAGCUCUCAGCAGAGGACAGCUGUGCGCAACACGAAUCCAUUCUCAGUCGUCCAGGUCUAGGGAAUAUUGUUUUUAAAAGGAACAGAAUAUUGAGUCCUGAAGACAUGUCAGACGACAAGAGAGAGUUGGAGUUUAAAGUGUCCAGUGAAUUGUUUCAGCGACAAGGAGCAGCACAGCCUGAGGAAGCAGAGGCUGAUGAAGAGGGAGAUGGAAACAGCUUGGAAGAGGCCUUGCCUUGGGAUGAGGAUGUGGUGGAGUGGGAGGAAGACGUGGGGGAUGCUACACCCCUGGAAGUGUUCCUGCAGUCCCACCACCUGGAACAAUUCCUUCCGUUUUUCAUGAGAGAGCAGAUUGAUCUAGAAGCUCUGUUGCUUUGCUCCGAUGAGGACCUUCAGAGCAUACAAAUGCAGCUGGGUCCCAGGAAGAAAGUUCUCAAUGCUAUAAACAGAAGGAAGCAAGUGCUCCAGCAGCCUGGCCAACUGGUCGACACCAGCCUGUGA